AGCAGUCAAACGCUCCCGCAAAACCCAAAUCUCUUUUCCUCUGCGGCAAGCAUCCAAGACUUCAUUUUUCCUUCAUCUUUCUGGGUCCUUAUAUUCAAGUCAAAAUCUAAGAUGGGUCGGAGGUAAAACGAUCCAGAUCGCUACCCAUUCACCGAUCUCGUUCUCCUCUUGGUGGGUCUCAUCCGAUCUCCGUGCUAUAGCUAUGCAACUGUUUCCACUGUCCUAAAUUCCAGUUGGAACUCAAAAAGUUCAAGCUUUGAUUAUUUGGCAAUGGUGGAGAUGAGUGGAAGGAGGGUAAGGGUGAGUGUCGGAGAGAGAUUGGGCAUUGUAGUGAAGUGGGGGUCUGAGUUCAGGUCAAUUCCUCAGUCUCGUUGUAAGAAUAUCUGUAAUGGCAAUGAUAUACGCCUUGCUCUUGUGGUAGUACCUGGAUGUUCUUCGGAAUAAGGAGACUUGUGGAUCAAAUUUAAGUUAAUUAAUCGGAGAAACCAAAUGCUCCCUCCUUAAAAUAUUUGAUGCAUCUCCCGAUUCCUCGACCUCCUUUUCCUCCUCCGGCAGUAACUUUUUUAAUACAAGAGUCAUUACUUCUAACUCUACUGUUCUUUAUCCUUUCAUGCGUCAAAUGGGACUGCCAGUUCCUACAAAAAUAUCAGGAUUACUACUGAUUAACCACCAAAAAGAUCUGACAUUGAUGAUGCAUGAAACUGAAUUAUUUCUGUUGAGCAUUAGCUGAACUGGAUGUGGAUUCUGGGGCGCUCCAAUGUGAAUGUCGGCAUAACUAGUCAAAACCCCAUCUCAUACUCUCAGAAUGGAAUUCAACGAUUCAUCAUUCUUGAGUAUGUCCGGCAGUCACGCCAGGUCCCAGGUGCGUUCCUUCAUUCUCUCCGUUUACACAAAUAAACUCACUAGAAUCAA